AUGGAAGAUCAAGGAGGAGGAGGAUCCAUCAGAAUUGACAAACUGACGGACUCCAACUUCUACGUGUGGAAGCAGAAAAUACAACUUCUGCUUGCUCUACGUGAUGUUGACCAAUACAUCGUUGAGGGAAGAGUUCCAAGUGAGGAACGCGCGAAAGAGCGUAAGAAGUGGAUCAGAGGUGACAGUAAAGCUAAAGCACUGAUUGGUCUCUCCCUAUCAGAUGAGCAUCUUGAGCAUGUACGUGAUGUUGAUACUGCUCAUGAGAUGUGGGAAGCUAUUGUCAACGUGUUUGAGAGGCACACUUUGCUGAACAAACUAGCUGCACGUCGUGAGUUCUACACUGUGAAGAUGCUUUCCGGUGAAAAGGUGCUUGCAUACAUCAAUCGUGUCAAGCAGCUGGCAGCCAUCCUCAAGUCAAUGAGCGUAAACAUCGAUGACAAGGAGAUGGCCAUGGCAGUGCUCAACGAGCAACGAGCAAACAUGAAGUCUAGCUCCUCACAGACAUCGGCUCUGGUUAAUCGUGCCCCGAACAAUCGGGACAUAAACGAUUACAAAUGCACGAACUGCGGUCGUACAGGCCAUACGGCAACCCGCUGCUGGGGAAAGGAUUUGAAUGGGCCUUGUACAGCUCAUAUUACAUAUGACCGAUCUUUGUUUGCGACGUAUGAGCCACUUGAAUCCGCCUCUGUUCAGAUGGGAACCAAGGCUAGUGCAAAGGUUGCCGGCCGUGGUGAUGUUCACUUGAAGUUAAAUGUGAAUGGCCGCAUCGAACCGUGCAAGUUGACGGAUGUAUUGCACGUUCCGGACUUUGCGUUCUCUCUGCUCUCUGUCAGUCGAAUGACUGAAGUUGGACUAAAAGUUGGGUUCGAAAAUGGAAAAUGCAUGAUCAGACGAGGCUCAACUAUAGUGGCGACUGCGACAUUGGUUGGAGAACUUUACGUUCUCGACAUCGUCAGUGACAUCGGAUCUGCACAUGCUGCCACCCUGCAAACGUGGCAUGAGCGCUUUGCACAUGUGCAUUCUCAAGGUAUUGCUUCGAUGAUUCGUGACAAUGUGGUAAGUGGAGUCAAACUACUUGGUAAUGAGGCUAACAAAAUCAACAAUACUGACAAUGAUUGCAUCUCUGAAAAAUGUUCUGCGUGCGUCUACGGCAAAGCCACUCGAUCUGUGAUCCCAAAAGAGCGGUCCUCGAGGCGGGCAUACUUCUCUCUAGACUUAGUUCACUCUGAUGUUUGUGGCCCCUUAGAGGUGCAGUCCAUUGGUGGUGCCAAGUACUUCAUUACCUUCAUAGAUGAUCACUCAAACUGGUCAGUAGUGUACCCUAUGCACCAUAAAUCAGAAGCAUUUGAACGAUACAAAAUGUUUGCACAACUUGCUCAGACUCACACUGGUCGCAAGAUCAAAGUGCUUCGCACCGAUCGAGGUGGUGAGUAUCUGUCCACGGAGUUUAAGUCUUUUCUGAUUGCAAAUGGUACUCAGCAUCAAAUGACGACCGCGUACACACCGGAGCAAAAUGGCGUCGCCGAACGACUGAACAGAACUUUGGUAAACUUGGUGCGCUCCAUGUUAGCCCACAAGAAAGUUACAAAGGGGUUCUGGGCAGAAGCACUUGCCAAUGCAGUGUACGUUCGAAAUCGAGUCACGUCACGUGCUAUUCCCCCCAAGAUGACCCCAUACCACUUAUGGAUGAAAUCUGUGCCAAAUGUUGGUCAUUUGCGUGUUUUCGGUUCAAAGUGUUGGUAUACAUUACCAAAACACAACAUCCAGAAACUUGACGCCCGUGCAAAGGAGGCAAUGUUUCUAGGGUAUGCUGAAAAUACGAAAGCUUACAAGUUGUGGGAUGGUGAUUUGCACAAAGUGAUCGUAUCCAGAGAUGUUACUUUUGACGAGUCCACGGGAGGCAAAUCUGGUGAACCGAUGGAUACAAACGAGGAGGCUUCAACUGAUGAUGACACAAUCAACUUGAACAUCGAUGAGGAAGUUGCAGAAAAUGAUGCAGUGGCUAUUGAAAAUGUGCGACCACAUGCUGUUAUCUGA